AUUCACAUUCUAUAUAGUUUCAUUUUUGUUGGGGAAGUCACAGAAACAAAUGGCCUCUCAGAACAGAGCACCAACCAAGCUCUCUGUUUUCCUCUGUUUUCAAAUUAUCACCUCAAUUCUGUGUAAUUUUUUCUUGAAUUCCAACCAAGUUUUGGCACAAACCUCGCCAGUUUUCGCCUGUGAUGUCGAUAACAAUCCCGGGUUGUCGAAUUUUACGUUCUGCGAUUCGUCGUUGGGGUUGAAAAUUAGAGUGGAUGAUCUAGUGAAGAGACUGACAUUGCAGGAGAAAAUUGGGUUCUUGGUGAAUGCUGCUGGAAGUGUGAGCAGGCUUGGAAUUCCAAAGUAUGAAUGGUGGUCUGAGGCUUUACAUGGGGUCUCUUACGUCGGUCCGGGGACUCAUUUUUCGAGUCUUGUUCCCGGAGCCACUAGCUUUCCUCAGGUUAUUCUCACCGCAGCUUCUUUCAAUGUUACUCUGUUUGAGACCAUUGGAAAGGUUGCUGUUGAAAAAAGACGCGUCUGCUUCUUUAAUGGUUCUAUAAAACAGUAG